GAUUCUGGGGCAUGAUGGGCGGCCCUUGUCGUGGCAUAAUUCCGCCAUUCAUCGAUGAAUUAAACUAUCCGAUGCCGAAAAACUGCGCUGACGGCCACACGGGCGUUUUUGUCAACGGACGAGAACUGCACGAGAAAGACUUGAAUCUGCUUGCAAGCCGAGGGCUCCCGAUGGAUCGGGAUAAAUCAUACAUCAUCGAGAUCUCGGGGAGAGUCCUUGAUGAGUGCUCAGGGAACAAGCUUCACUGCCUCGGAAAACUCGCCCCUACAGUGGAGAGCAAAAAGUACGGAUUUGGCAUGAAACCCCCGAAAACGACGACUUGACGAUUGAAGU